CAUCCCGUGCCCUAGUGCACUGAUUUCUUAAUCCCGGGUCUCAACUAUAAAUACCCCCUUGGUGACACCGCGAUCAAAGCAUCGCAAACAAGCCUAGCUAAGAGCUCUCUAACUACAUUAGAUAGAGUGAUCUCGAGAGGUAACUGGCUUGUGAUCGAGCAAUGGCGUCCAAGGCUUUCGUGCUGUUCCUGGCCGUGAACCUGGUUGUGCUCGGCGUAGCCAGCGCCUGGACCCCGUCGACACCGACGCCCACGCCGUCGUCGUUCGGCAAGUGCCCCAGGGACGCGCUGAAGCUGGGCGUGUGCGCUAACGUGCUGGGCCUCAUCAAGGCUAAGGUGGCAGUGCCGCCCGCGGAGCCUUGCUGCCCGCUGCUGGAGGGGCUCGUCGACCUGGAGGCCGCCGUCUGCCUCUGCACCGCCAUCAAGGGCAACAUCCUCGGCAUCAACCUCAAUCUGCCAAUUGAUCUCAGUCUUAUCCUCAACUACUGUGGCAAGACAGUGCCCACCGGCUUCAAGUGCUGAGCGCCUCGAUCGAUCUCAACGCCUUGCCCUUGCGUACGUGCUCGACGACGUGCGUUGCCUCCCUUGCAUGCACGCAUGCAUAUAUGUGGGCGAACGUAUGUGAGACGUGUUUUCCUUUCGGUUCGGUUUGAAUGAUCCAUGGUUUGAUUGCUUUUCCACGUACGAGGUACGACUCUGCAUGCAUGCAUGGCCGUGCUAUCGAUCUGUAUUUUUCCUGCCUCUUCCGUUCCUGUGAAUUUGUUGUAAAGAGCCGGUGAUCAAUCGUAUGCCGGUGCUUCCAAUUAAAUUUGGUUUGCGGUUUAUUUCAGUGUUUUGUGUGUAUGUUCUGAUUA